AUGAGCGGACUGUGGUCUGGACGCCAGCGUACAGAUGCAAGCAAUCGAGAUGGUGCGGAGACAUCGAAAACGAAAACGUCAGCCUUCCGCAGGCCUUCUUUGGUUCCACGUAGGUCCAAUCGAGACAGUCCAUCCAAAGAUGUAUUCAUGACCAGCGAGCGGCGCUCUAUCUCGAUGCCUUUUGACACACAAUCAAGCAACCCCAAUGUGUCUGGACAGUAUGCCUCUACCAGUGCAGAAACGCCGCCCUUCCACUCGAAUCGCCAUGCAUCUACUAGCGUUUCGUCCACUGAAUCGCGGCCAAGCUCUGUUCUCGCCCCAAGUGGUGGAUAUCAAGCACGGUCACCUAUCAUUCAAGCACGAGACAGUGAUAAAGCAUCUCCAAGCUCAGCUCCGUCAAACCCUCUCAUGUCGCAAUUCAAACCAUUCGGAGAUCUUCCGCGUCGUAUGCCACGACCUUCUCAUGCUAAGGGGAUGCAGUUUGAUACGCCUCCUCACUCACCACCAUUCAUGGACGUGGGUAUCCCCCCAAGCUACCAACGCCUGCUAAGCUCGUCCCCUGUUGAUUCAAAAGCUCUUAGCCGGGGGGAUGAUGCUUGCUCGAUUGUCACAGACUCUUCGUCGAUUCGGCAACGACCAGCAUCGCGGGCAGCCUCGUUGUACGGUGUACAACCACCUCUUUCUCCCGUUGGCACUCAAAGGUCCAUUUCACCUCCCCCCGUCCCUCAAAAAUCCUCUUCGCCAACGUCAGAUCGCCGCAUUGGUCCAAAGUCACCUCUGCGUGCUCCAGUUAUGGCUUCGGGACGAAAUACGCCUGCGUCACUCGCUGUCAAAGUGCCGUCUAUUCAUGAACUAGAUAUGGCACCACCAUCGAUUGAUUCUUUAUGGCGCUCUGAUAGCGUCAAGACAUCCGGCUCGACAAUUCGAUCCGAGUCAGAAGAUGGAGCCUGGGACUCAUACGACUCGACGCCGUCAACGCCUAUGCGUGAUGGCUUCCAGCCACCUUUAUCCACACCCCUUGCCGUCCAGUUUGUUCAGACCGGCAAGGGAGUGUUGAGUGUGGUGUCGUCGGAGGACGAUGCGCCCAGACGCGUCACUUCAUCAACCACACAUCUCUCUAUGGUAAAUUGUCCGCUGCCCAGCUACGACAUGCUGCGCAUCCCUAACAUGCUAGUCGUGCUGGACAUGUCUAGCUCUCAUCUUUCUGCUUUGCCUGAAUCACUGGCUCUGUGUACUUCGCUAGAAGAGCUGAACAUUUCCUGUAAUCCUUUGGGCACUUCGAAUAUGGCUGCACCCAUGUCUUGUCUCCGUGCUUUGGAGAACCUCCGCGUAUUGCUUGUCGAUGGCUGUAAGUUGCCUGUGGUUCCCCACGAAAUUCUCAGCCUGGAACGCUUGCAAAUUCUUGGAUUACGCCAGAACCGACUGACUUGCCUGCCCAGUUGGAUGCAUGCGCUCGAUUACCUUGACUGUCUCUUGCUCGCAGGCAAUACACAAUGGACUCCAGCCUGGAAGGCCAUUGUAGGACCACUUUUGCAUCCUAGCAACGACCCCCCAUCCCCAGCGACAAACAUAAUGCCAACGACGCCUACGGUCAACACUCAGAUCUCGCCUAAGCCCCCACCUAUUCAAAGCCCUUCUGAAGCACGCAAACGCAGUGGUGGCUUUUUAAAUAAGCUUAAAACGAAUAAUCGUACAGGUGCUCAACUUGACGGUUCUUCGUUGGUACGAGCGCCGAGCAGAGCAGGGACAGUGUCUGAUACAGCUAGUAUAUCAUCCGCCGCCAGCGUAACGACAGACUCACCUGUGAGGUCCUCGAAUGCAGGUGGUUUAAGGGUACCUCAUCAAACGCCAACCAGAACUUUUAUGGUGCCGUUGCCUAGGCUGGGUCAAUUGCCGUCGAAUUCGCAUGAAACCAGGUCACUGUCCUGCUUCUUACCUGUCUAUGCCGACAACGGUGAUAGGGAGUCUGUGUUGGCUUGGUAUGCCCGCGUGGGUACUUCGUAUGUCCGAAAUCUCCGGGCUUACCUACGUGAUAUGGAUGAACUGUUACCAGAGCGACAUCGCCAAGUGCCACAGACAGCUUCGUCAGUGGCCGAUAGCAGCGGAUUUGGCAGCCCCAUCAUGACUUCGGGAGAUGCUUCAGACUCAACUCCCAGUGGUACAGCUGGUGAAGUCUCUUCACGCCACAGCAUCUUGGAAGAUGUGGGUGAAACGAAUAAGACGCAUGUCAAAGAUAAUGCUGCGAAACGAUAUUGUGUACUUCGCGAAAUCAUUGAGACAGAACGAACAUAUGUUGCUGGCUUAUCUGAGUUAAUGGACAUUUACGUGAAAAGGGCUCGACAGCCAAUGGACGGUGUAUCAGACGAACGCGUUAUGUCUGUCGAAAAAGAGCGUAUCAUUUUUGGGCACAUCGAAGUAAUCAUUCAAUUUCAUCAAGGGGCAUUCUUGCCAGAACUGGAACGAAAGACGGCGGCCCUAUUCAAGAUAUCUGAGCUAGAUGAGGAGCAACAUGCAUCGCUCAGCGCUCAAGUCGCAGCUGAUGUGGCGAAUGUAUUUUCGGAAUAUGCCACGUACUUUAAAAUGUACACAAACUACGUCAAUCAAUAUGAGACAGCCUUGAAAAUUAUCUCGCAAUGGCAUGAGCCAAUAUCGCCCCGUGUAAAAUCCGCUAUCAAGUCAUCUAGCACCUCACUUGCCUCGAUUGGACAGCGCUUCUUGAACAUUGACCCGGCUUUGUCUAGCACAUCACCUACCGCUCUCACCUUUGAAGAAAAAGCAUUAAGUGAUUUACAGCCCAUUUCGCAUGCAGAGCAUCGACGUAUGCAGCUCUUCCUCAGACGGUGCCGCGACGACCCUCGUCACUCGCAAAUUAACUUGGAGGGAUAUCUUCUCUUACCGAUACAGCGUAUCCCACGAUACCGCUUGCUGCUAGAGCAGCUCGUCAAAUGUACAUCGCACGGCGUGUUGCCUGAUUUGGAUCGUGAGGCCUUGGCACGUGCACUUGCACACAUUUCGUUGGUGGCCUCAUGGGUGAACGAGGGCAAGCGCCAAUCUGAGCAAGGCAAACGCCUUUUACAAUGGCAGAGUCGUUUGCGUGGUACAUUUUCUGCCCCAUUGGUUCAGCCGCAUCGACGUCUUGUGUGUGACGGGCCAUUUAGAUUGUGUCGCGUGUCGAAGCGUGUGUACCAAGGCACGCCGCCCGGCGAUGUUUCUGGCCCUAGGAUGAGUUGUGACGAAGAUUUUCUUGAGCAGAUGACCAUGGAUUUGCCUCUCCAUCUUUUGUUGUGUAAUGACCUCAUUGCUGCUGUAUCGUCUAGCGUGUCAUCCACCGAAGAUGCUUCGCCUAUAAGCGGUAAAAGUCGUGUGAUGCAUGGCUCGGCAUCAGGUGAAACAGGCGCGUUGGACCUGGUAGCAGUGCUCAAACCGCAAGUCCAUAUGCUGCCUCCAGGCAUGCAUAAAACCGUCAUGUUGCCGCCAGCAUCCGUUGUGGGACCGUCACUGCUUCGUAUCGUGGAUGCAAAGUACAUUUAUUACUUCAUGGCGCCUUCUCACACUGAGGCGCAGCGCUGGCAAUCAUUUAUCAAUGCUCAAGUGUAA